AUGAUCCGGCAACGUUCGUCCGUGCGGAGCCGCGGUUCGUCCUCCACCACGAUCAGCGAUCCGCGCGAGAAGGUGAAGGACUGCUGCCGCAAGUUUGUCGCGUUCAUGUGCACCCAGGUCGGGGUCGGUGGGUUGAUCGUGGCGUACGCGCUGGUCGGUGCCGCCAGCUUCAUGUCGAUCGAAACGCAGGAACCGAACCCAAUGAUCGAGCACGUCGUCACGCUCCGGCGGAACUGUGCGGCGGAGCUGUGGGACGUGACGGAGCAGCUGAACCUGUUCAACAGCUCGAUCUGGCACUACGAGGCGGAUCUGGUGCUGAAGCGCUACCAGGACGACUUUGCCGAAGCGAUCCGGCGCGGGUACGAUGGCCGUUCGCCCGAGGAGGUGUGGAACUUUCCCGCCGCCCUCAUGUUCUGUCUGGCGGUGUUCACCAUGAUCGGGUACGGGAAUAUGGUGCCGCGGACGGCAUGGGGCAAGGGCGCCACCGUCAUAUACGCGACGUUCGGCAUACCGCUCUACAUACUGUACUUCAUGAACAUGGGCAAGGUGCUCGCCUCGACGUUCAAGUGGCUGUACACCUGGUUCCACGAGUGCAGCCACCGGAGCGACGAGGACGGUGGGCUCGCGCUGGAGGAAGGGCCCGGUGGGCUCGCACCCCGGAAGCGCAUUAUCGUGCCGACGACCGCCUGCCUGUGGGUGAUCACCAUCUACAUCGCGACCGGCACGAUCAUGUUUGCCGAGUGGGAAAAAUGGACGUACCUCGAUUCGGCCUACUUCUGCGUGACCAGCCUGUGCAAGAUCGGCAUCGGUGAUCUCGUGCCGGGCGCGAACAUACUCGACUCCCAGAGCGGCAAACCGACCAAGCUGGUGAUCAACUUCGUCUACAUGCUGCUCGGCAUGGGGCUGGUCGCGAUGUGCUACAUACUGAUGCGGGAGGAGGUCCGGAUCAAGAUGCAGGAGAUCAAGGAGGAUACGCGCCUCUGUCUGGAGGAUCUCAGCGCCAAGUUUGCCAAGUGCUGCGGCACCAAGGACUCGCAGUACUAUGACUAAGUGACCAAUUCCAUGUCCAUGUUUAAGGAGAUGAAGGAGAAGCAGAAGGAUGCCCUUCCUAGCCGUAAACGCUCAUGUAUUAGUAGUAUAACACUUUAUCAGAAUUAUCAAAGCGAAUUUUAAGUGAAGCAACAACAACAAACAACAAACAAAAAAGAAAAUCCCCACGACGUGUAAGGUGUGUAAGAAGUUGUUUUUUUUUCAAAAUAAAACCACAAUCAAUCG